AUGUCAUUCAUUGAGACAAAGGAAAAGAUUCCGCAUAUAAUUCACAAUAAGUUUUAUGUAGUGUUUUGUACUCUUAGUCCGCGAUCGCGAAAAAUCAAGAAAAAGGAGAAGAAGGCGGACGAGAAGAGGCCUCGGACUGCGUUCACUGCCGAACAAUUGGGUCGAUUGAAGCAGGAGUUUCAGGACAAUAAAUAUUUGACUGAAAAGCGAAGACAAGACUUAGCGAAGGAUUUAAAGCUAAAUGAGUCACAAAUUAAGAUUUGGUUUCAAAAUAAGAGGGCGAAGAUCAAGAAGACGACGGGCUCUAGAAAUCCGUUAGCUCUGCAUCUGAUGGCUCAGGGAUUGUAUAAUCACAGCACCGUUGCUGACGGCGAGGAGGACGACGAUGAUGACGACUACGAGGACAGGGACUCGUCGUGCACUUCACCGCCGCAGCCGAUGGACACAAAGAGCAACAAAUCUUAGUUAUAAUUGUUUUGCUCCAAUGAAUGGUUAAAAUGUUGUGUAAAUACUAUGUUUGAAAAAAGCGAACAAAUUAUGAUAUAAUUAAUUAAAUGUACAGUAAUUGAGAGAAUUAUGAUAUAAUAUGGAAUAAUUUGAG